AUGGCUUCGAUAUCAUUGGAUGAUCCAGCGGUACAGUCGUACCUGCUGUAUUCCAGCGUCUUGGGCCUCAAAGUUCUGAGCAUGGCUUUCCUGACAGCCAGAGUGCGAUACGCCAAGAAUGUGUUUGCUAACCCAGAGGACGGCGGCGAAAAAGGAAAAGUGAAGUACGACGACCCCGACGUGGAGCGAGUUCGUCGCGCGCACCUCAACGAUUUGGAGAACAUUCCCGUGUUCUGGGUGCUGGGCGCGCUGUACCUGACCACGGCGCCCUCUGCCUGGCUCGCCACCACACUGUUCCGUGUGUACACUGCCGGCCGAGUGAUACACACGCUGGUGUACGCUGUCAAGCCGCUGCCUCAGCCAGCGCGUGGCAUCGCCUUCGGCAUUCCUCUCAUGAUCACAUUCUACAUGGGAGUCAAAGUAAUUAUGCACUACUCCAGUGCGCUGUGAUUUCUUAAUAAGAAUAUAUUGGACUGUAUUAGACGCGUGAUCAAUAAAAAAGUUGUGUGUACUCAAUCUACUCAUAACUUGGAGUUGUAUACUAAUGUUUGUUAGAUAAUACAAGUAUGUAUAAUCUUAUCUAAUCGUAUACUGUCGUGGUAGGCAACUGUAUACCGGCAAGUAGUACAUAUGACUGUUGUUUUUUAUACAAAUGUUUAAUAAAGAACGUUUUGCCCUAUA